CUGAAGAUUUUCCAACGAUUGCGGUUAUAUAGGCAUUGAGGGGGAUGGGGGUUAUAAGGGGAUCUGGGAUAUGUUGAAAUUGAUAUAAGGCGAUAAAAGGGCUUUUGAAUAUUAAGGGAGAUUUGAAGGGAUUAAGGGAGGAUUUGGAGGAUAAAGGGGAUUAUAAUAGGUAUGUAUUAUGGAUUUUCUAUUUAUUUUCCUAAGAAUUUCUAAUUUCCAUAAAUUAAUUUUUUAAUAUUUAGAGUUACAAAUAAGGCUCUCGGUUUCACCAAAUUUUUCGAUUAACCGAACCCGAGGAGUUGUUGAAGAUUAGGGAUUACAGGAGGAUUACUUGGUAUUUAGGGGUGUAUAAGUGAUUUAGGAUAUACAAGGAUUGAUAUUGGACGAUAAAAGUGCUUUUGAAUGCUAAUAGGGAUUUGAGAGGAUUAAUGUAGAAUUUGGAGGAUAAAAAGGGAUUGAUAAUAUGUAUUAUGGAUUUUCUAUUUAUUUUUCUAGGAAUUUUUUUAAUUUCAAAAAUUAAUUUUUAAAUAUUUUUAUAGUCACAAACAAAAAAGAUUUUUUCAAAAAAAUAUUUUCUUCUUCAAUUAAAAUGCAAUUAAAAAUCCUUUCCCCUUCUAUAUACCACCAAUUAGUCCCAAAUUCAACUAGACCAAUUUGGCAUCAAUGGCAUAUUAAUAAUGAAGACAAAAAUAAUAAAGAAAAUUUGGAAGAAAAUAAUGAGAAUUUUAAUAUUAAUAAACGUUCUUCGACUGCUAGAAGACGUUUAUUUUUUGAAGAAGGAGGAGGGGGAGGGGAAGAAAAUAAAGAAAUAAAUAAACAAUUUGUCCAAAAUUGGUUAAAUGAAUUGUCUGAACAUUAUAAACAAAAAUGGGGAUUUGAUUUUGAUGAAUGUAAACCUUUGGAAAAAAGUCGUUUUGAAUUUGAACGGGUACCUGCCGAUCAAGUACCGGGAUUUUAUAGAACAACAAAAACAUUAAAAUAUAAAAAUAACGAGGGGAAAGAAUGUUUUAGAAGCAAAAACAAAGAAUUAAAUAAUAAUUGUUGUUCUGAAAAUAAUUCUGGUGAAUUAACAACAACUUGUUUAGGUAAAUAA